CCAUAGAUUCCCCACUUAGAUGUUUGUCGUUUGUUUUUCGCGUUAACGUUAACGAGAAGGUUGUGGUUCAAGCAAAGAUAUAUAAAGAAGUGUUUGGGUACAAGUGAUUUUGUUUUUGUGGCUUGAUUUCGUGAACACAAUGACUAACGAACCCCCAAUCGUCAAAAAUAUACUUCACGCUGGUCAAAAAUAUAUUCCAAUUGCUGAUGGCAGCAAAGCACACUUCCACUUCCAAACAUGGAAAUUGGGCAAAGAGAGGGUCCUGUUAGAUGAUAGCAAGAAAAUCGGAAAGAAAGAACCCAUGGUUCUGGUUAUCGGUCACAAGUUCAAAUUAGAGGCUUGGGAGACCAUAGUCAAACUCAUGGCCGUGGGAGAAGUAGCUAGUUUCAAGGUCAAAAAAGAGUUAGUAUACAGUUACCCAUUUGUAUCAAAGACACUCCGGGAACUGGGCAAAGACAAACACGUAAUAAAACAUGCUUGUACAAUGACACUGCAGACUGAAGGCAUUGGAUAUGAUGACUUAGAUGAACUUAUUAGUAAUCCUUGUGAUUUGGAAUUCAUAAUAGAACUACUAAAAGUGGAGAGAGCAGAUGAGUACAAAAAAGAUCUAUGGCAACUCAAUACUGAGGAAAGGUUACAACUUAUUCCCAAACUGAAGGAGAAGGGAAACAAUUUGUAUGGACAGAAAGCAUAUGAUGAGGCCGAGAAAAAGUACCAUGAGGCUAUAUCUAUUUUGGAACAACUUAUGAUUAGGGAAAGAAAAUCUGAUGACGAAUGGAAGGAUCUAAAUAAAAUUAAGCUACCAAUCUUACUGAACUACGCACAAUGCAAAUUGGUAAACGGAGAUUUUUACUCUGUUAUAGAACACUGUAAUACAGUUCUAGAGUAUGAACCAGAUAACGAAAAAGCAUUAUACAGGAGAGCCAAAGCACAUGUUGGGGCGUGGAAUCCGGACCAAGCAGAAGACGACUUUAAACGUCUUAAGUCUUUGAAUCCAACAAUGUCAACAAUUAUAGACAAAGAACUACAGAACAUAAAGAAAUUGCGGAAAGAAAAAGAAAAUGAAGAUAAAAACGUGAUGAAAAAGUUAUUUGUUAAUGAGAGUGGCGUUGGCGAUUCUUAGCGUUAAUGUAGCAAGCUGUAUUUAUGGAUAUGCGUGUUAUACGUGUUGUCUAUGUGUCUUAUUUACAUUUUGUUUUAAACGUCUAAGGGAUCUAUAUUAGAAGUAACAAAGGCAUAGCUUUAAAUAGUAUUUCCAAAAAUGUUUAAUUGAAAUUUCUUUUAGUGUUUCCAGUCUUCACAAGGGACAUAGUAUGAUGUAGCGACCUCGGCACUCCAAGGUAUUUCACUCUGUAAUUGGCGUCGCCGAAUAUUGUAGCAAAAUAUCCGCAACUCCAGGGCUUACUGUGAUACCAACAUUUAAAGGGGUAUGACCCAUUAAAACGGCAGUAAGAGCACAAUGAUUAUGCCUUUGAAUUUAAGAAAUUUUCCGGACACUUAUAGACGUUCGUUGAGUAUCAAAAUAGCUUCCAUGCUAGCAUGCCUAAAGACCGUAGGGGUUGUCCAACUAUCGUUGUGAGUAGUUUUUGUCUCAUUGGUCUAUUCCUUCUUUAAUUUGGUGAUGAAAUAUUUACGAUCUUAGCAGAAGUGAUAGUAUAUAUGCGUGUUAUAAGUAGAAAGCCUUCCUUGGAGGCGGCGCCCCUUCGCCUCCACGUCCAUAGUGUGUAAUCUACUGUUCUAAUUAUUCUUUGCUUAAGCCUGUGACUAAUCUAGUUGGACAGCACUUUAUCUGCUUCGUGUCUUUUUAACGCUGACUGUAUGCUGGAGAAGUUAGUUGUUUUUGACAUUUUGUUGAAACAAGGGUCUUGCACUAGGAGAACGGGGUUCAGGUCUUCGGGGAGGCUCAUCACUACUAAGGUAUAUCUAUGUCGUAGUUGUAGUUUGUGGACAAGCCAUCUGUGGCCCUCUGCACAGUUGUUUUGCCACGUGAGGUCCCAGUGGCCAGGGAUCAGCUGUUCACAUUAUUUUCUCGCCGAAUCCCUCCGCUCUUUGAGCGAGACGCUCUCAUAGGGCCUCUUGUAGCGAAUCGGCAUGGGGGCUCCUUAUGUACCAAGUGUUUGCCGAGUUAAUCACAGCCAAACUCUGGAUUGAUUACUUCAGAAUAAGUUCGUGCCUGGCUGGGCAUUUCACCUCUUGGACACUGUCUCGGCGAAACGUGGGAACGCUUUUCUUUGGAAGAAGGCCUCUGCGUGCCAGUCACUAUCGGUCUGUCAGUACGAGGUAGAGUUGCAAAUGGCCGCUCGCCGGGUCGUUUCUCUCUUAGGGAUGGGUGAUAUCCAGGCUAGUAUUUGUAGGGUUCUAUAACGCAGAAUCCGAAAUGUAGGUUCGAGGCCCCACGACACGGGGACCAUUGUUCCUGUUUUGUACCGGAGUUGAUGCUAGCACCAAAAUCGUUUCAUGACUGGUGUUUGGAAAUCCAAAUCUCAUAGCUUUCCACUCACUGUAGGACGUAACCUGUACCUAACGGGACAUACUAUUAUUUCCCUAUGGUGGCAGGGCUACCGUUUAUCCUGAAACCCGGGCCAAAGAGGAGCUGCGCUAGUACCCUAUCCCUCGGCUCAGCCCUCCAAGAUUCUCCGUUCACGCGCACGGUGCUGGACGCAGUCCAGCAUUAACGCUGCAGGAUGCACAUCAAAACCACCCACCACUUGCUACAGUCCACCUCCAGUAUAACCUCGCGCCUGCACUAAUAAGACUCAAACUGAAACUGAGAGUCGUCUGUGUUGGCCCCAAGGUGUACCCACUCCGUCCAUGAGCGCUCUGCGUUAACGCAGACAGCUCAAGAUCUUUGCACACUUGGUAGCAAGAGUAAUUGGCAUAUACAUAUAGGUAUACAUAGCUGGAAAACAAAGGUACUACCAUUAUAAUUAUGUUUUAUACUGAGUAUUUAUUUGAUACAAAAUUUAGUCUACUCUACGUAAUGAUACCUCAUAUUUAUGAGCCAGAUUAAAAUAAUUCUUUUUUAUUAUCUUACUCCAUGUUUUGUGUACCUCAGAAAAUUACUAAUUACGCUUACACGACUAUUUAUCGUAUUAUUUAACCAAUUUUGAAAUGUGAUAGUAAUAAUUAUAUACAUUACUUCUUCGACGUACCUGUCAUAUUUCAUAUUGUGUACUUUUGUACAAAAAUUAUGUCUAAAAUAUAUAUAAUUAUUAGCUUGGAAAAUACAAACAUUCA